CUGCUAUGCUAGUUCAUAAACAAAUAAAACACAAUAUACUCGUGGUUUUCGCCGGCUAUAUGUCUUUCUGAUUGUUUCUGGAUUGUGUUUAAUUGAUAAUAUUAGUAUCCAUUAAGAUGGCUUCAAAGUUCUACAACUAUUUGAAAUUAGUACAAACUGCAACACCAUAUGCUAAGCGGAUCGAACAAUUAAGCUCAAGAAUAUUUGGUGAAGUGGCUAGACCCACAUCUGCAAAAUCGUUGAAGGUUGUUGAUAUGUUUAGUUCUCAACCAAUUGAACAACGACCAGACAUAAAGAACUAUUACCCCCGCCAUGUUGAAAUCCAUGUUUUGAUGAGAAAUCUACGGAAUUAUGGCUUAUUCAGGGAUGAGCAUCAAGACUUCAAAGAAGAAAUCACACGUCUUCGUGAAUUGCGAGGCAAAGGAAAGCCCAAGAAAGGUGAAGGCAAACGAUCCAAGAAGUAAUCGACACGUAAAGGGUUUGUAGGCCAAUCCUCUUUAGUCAUAAGUUUUGUAAAAUAAACAGUUAAAACA